CUACGUCUCUCUUCCUCGGCUGCUGCUGCUACUACUGCUGCUGCUGUUGUCUGUUCUCGGUGAAACUCCCGAGUAAACCGCAGCCUCAGCCUCACACAAACCGGGCUUUAUUUUCUUCCUCCCCCCCUUUCUCCUCUGCCAACUUUACCGCCUGUUGUCAGUGUACGUGUGUGUGUAUGUCUGGGCGAAUAACGCCUCGUUUGCGCAGUGAAUUAGUCGACAGUGAGUCACAGCAGCAGCGGUCGGAACUUGAAAUAUGACGAGAAGUAAAAUGGGAGGAAAGUCGUCGCUAGCCUGCUGAAGUUGGAGGCUCUCCUUGUGGAAGAGGAAGAGAGGCAGCGGCGGCGGCGGCGAGCACGAGUUCACUCACAAUAAAAAGGAGUGAGCCCAGCCUUACAACAUACCUCUUCCCUUUCACUGGGCUAAGAUGAGUAUUACCAGUGACGAAGUGAACUUCUUGGUCUACAGAUAUCUCCAAGAAUCAGGUUUCUCCCACUCUGCAUUCACCUUUGGCAUCGAGAGCCACAUUAGCCAGUCAAACAUUAAUGGAACACUAGUGCCCCCUGCAGCCCUCAUAUCCAUCCUGCAGAAAGGGCUCCAGUAUGUGGAGGCAGAGAUCAGCAUCAACGAGGAUGGUACAGUGUUCGAUGGUCGACCGAUCGAGUCGCUCUCCCUCAUUGACGCAGUGAUGCCUGAUGUCGUGCAGACACGGCAGCAGGCCUUCCGCGACAAGUUAGCCCAGCAGCAGGCGGCUGGUACCAUGGUAGCUUCAACCUCCGGAAACCAGUCUAAUGCACCAAAGAACGGAGAAGCCACUUUCAAUGGGGAGGAGAAUGGCACACACAUCAUGAAUAACCACAGCGAGCCCAUGGAGAUGGAUGUCGAUGUUGCGAUACCAGCAAGUAAAGCCACAGUGCUCCGAGGUCAUGAGUCUGAAGUGUUCAUCUGUGCCUGGAACCCUGUCAGCGAUCUGUUGGCCUCCGGCUCGGGAGACUCCACCGCCAGGAUCUGGAACCUGAACGAGAAUAAUAGCUCCAACUCCACCCAGCUGGUGCUGCGCCACUGUAUACGAGAAGGUGGCCAGGAUGUCCCCAGCAACAAAGACGUCACCUCACUAGACUGGAAUAGUGACGGGACUCUCCUGGCCACUGGGUCGUACGAUGGAUUUGCCAGGAUAUGGACAAAGGACGGAAAUCUGGCAAGCACCUUGGGGCAGCACAAAGGGCCCAUAUUUGCACUCAAGUGGAACAAGAAGGGGAACUCUAUUCUCAGUGCUGGCGUAGAUAAGACGACAAUCAUUUGGGAUGCAAACACAGGAGAAGCCAAGCAGCAGUUCCCUUUCCACUCAGCCCCAGCUCUGGAUGUGGACUGGCAGAACAACACCACCUUUGCCUCGUGUAGCACAGACAUGUGCAUCCACGUAUGUCGACUCGGCAGCGACCGACCCCUCAAGACCUUCCAGGGCCACACGAAUGAAGUUAAUGCCAUUAAGUGGGAUCCAUCAGGGAUGCUGCUUGCCUCCUGCUCGGAUGACAUGACAUUAAAGAUCUGGAGUAUGAAGCAGGAUUCCUGUGUGCAUGACCUCCAGGCUCACAGUAAAGAGAUCUACACCAUCAAGUGGAGUCCUACAGGCCCCGGCACAAACAACCCCAACUCCAACAUCAUGCUCGCUAGCGCUUCUUUCGACUCAACAGUGCGACUGUGGGAUGUUGAGCGAGGGGUUUGUAUUCACACACUGACCAAGCACCAGGAGCCUGUGUACAGCGUGGCCUUUAGUCCUGAUGGCAAACACCUGGCCAGCGGCUCCUUUGAUAAGUGUGUCCACAUUUGGAACACCACGAGUGGAGCCCUGGUGCACAGCUACAGAGGCACUGGUGGUAUUUUUGAGGUGUGCUGGAACAGCACUGGGGACAAAGUUGGUGCCAGUGCGUCAGACGGCUCAGUAUGCGUUCUUGAUCUCCGAAAAUAGCCGACAUGAGACUUUGAUGAUGAAUCCUGGAGCGUGCAGCACAUUGCAUCAGCAAACGCGCUCCCUUUGCUCGAGAAGAGCUGAUAAGGUGGACUGAAACAGAACCCUCACAGGAUUAAAACCACAUGACUGCAGCAGCUGCUGAUGAGCCAACACCAAAUGAAUUCAGUGCACCUUACAGUCUGUCAACGUGUGUUUUAUGACCGACCUGUUUGAGACAAUGGAAUCCGGUUAAGAGAUCCCCAAGAUUGGAUCGAAUCCAAAUCCCUGGGCGCGUCCGUGUUUUUAAAAGGUUUCUAAUGAGGAAGUGCUGCCGAUUCCCUCCGGACCAUUGGUCCAGCUGUUAUCGGGUUGUAAGGGUCGGAAACACAAACACGAGUUUUACAGAAAGAGAAAAGGUGUUACUGGGACACGUGUUGGGCUGUAAGAGGCAACGAUUAAUGAAAGGUUGUGGUUUCAGAAUUCCUUUUGUGCAAAUGUUACUUCAUGUCCAAACAGCAUACUUAGUGACGUGAUAAAAGUGACACCAAUACUGAAGCACUGGUAUUGUCUGUUGACAGUGUGCUUAACUUCUCCUCAGCGGAGAAUCGUCUGUUUCAAGAGUACUUCUUGGAUUUUUUUCUUUGUCUUUUUUUUCCACAGAGGGACUUUUGAAAGUCAAAAAAAUCGAAUGUGCCGCUACAAGGUAGUUCUUAGCUCACGUUUAAUAUCAGGUCAACAUCAGGAAAUAUUAUUGCCAAGAAAUAAUGCUUAUCUCUUAAAAAAAAAAAAAGACACUCAAUUCACAUGAGAUUAGAAAAUGUCACUUUGUGGACGAGACGUGAAAAGUGUGGUUUACAAAGAGAAUUUUCUCCCUUUUUGGAUGUAAAUUUAAAGAAUGUAAAGAUAUGUAAAUUAGAUUAAUACACAGACUUAUAUACUGCGUAUAUAUGUUUAUAUACAGUACUCUUUAUUGUCAUCCUGUAGGGGCUCAUUAAUGGCUAGAGUUGCCACAUCUUUUACUGCUAACGUGUGACGAGGCCUCUUUUUAAACAAAGUGCAUGUCCCAUCCGCUUAUUUUAAUACAGUCUUUUUCACCUCCACCGAUCAUGUUCAGCACAUCAAGCAGUUCCCUUUUUUUUUACGCUCAUUUACAAAUGGCAUGAAGGGGCAGGUUCAUCUUCACUGAAAGUCGCUGAAGAAAUGUGCAUCUUGUUCCCUGCAUUCAGGAACUAUCGGGAGCAAGCGGGUCAUCACAGUUGCACGUAGAACAUAAGGUCAGAGAAUCCGCAACAAAUCCCCACCUGUGAGACCUCGUACAGCUUUCACCAGUGCUGUAGCUUCUCUUUGGCUCUUCCCUCUGAUGGAGCUUUAGAGCACAUUGUGUCCACAAGGUGGAGGUCUAGCACGAGUCCCACUAUUGGCUAAUAAAACUUCAAAAAAAGUAAGUCAUGAUUCCCCAUGAAUGCUGCCCAUUGAUUCAAAUAUGAAAUGCCUGUUUGUGGGUUAAGCUUCUAAAGUGAGCAGUAAGUCUACUUCAUACUGGGAUCUAAUGUAAAAGACAGUAUCUAUAAACUAACACAACAUCACUUUAAUUUGCCUUUUUAUUCAGUUUCUUUUCUCUUUGUCUUUUUUUUUUUAGCCAGAACAACAUGAAGUGCACUUUUUGUAUCGGCUGGUUAAGCAAAAAUGUUCAGGAAAGGGCCAAUUUGUUUUUGUCUUGAUUUUCUCUCUCUCACUCUCUCUCUCUCUGCGUCUCUUGUCUUUUUUUAAAAGUCACUCUUGGAUGUUGUUUGGGUGGUUCAUUGUUUUUUUGUUUUUUUUCAUUUGCUGAGAGCCAAUAUUGUCUGUGUCAGACUGAGAAUCAGGCUGUGUGUGUUGGUGGCCAUCGUUGGCAUGCUAAGGAACCCAGUAUGGAAAAAGUGCUGUGAUGGCUACUGUUUUCUCUGACACACCCUGGUCCAGGGUGCACUCGCCUGUUUCGAGGACAAAACUUUGAAGUUGUUCUGUGUCGCAAAUAAAUCACUCUAUUUUGAUAUCAGAAACAAUGGA